UGACGUCUCCGCAGAUGCAUGGGCGCGUGCGCGUGCACGCGGAGGGGGCGGGAGCGCGCCGUGUUGACGGACCGUAGAGGCAACAUGUCCACCGCAGCCGCCGCGCAGCUGAACAACAAUGAAGAACCGGGACUCAACGGGUCCUGGGUGGAGCUGGAGAUGAAUGGAAACACUCAGCAGCAGAGCCCCAGCUUGCCCUCGCUGCUGGGGAACGGGAACCAAGGCGAGUCCCAGGCUUCACAGGCCCUGGAGGCCGUGCAGGAGGAAGAGGAGGUCCUGACAGGAGGACUGGAGCAUGUGCCUUCCUCCUCCUCUAUCCAUAACGGAGACAUGGAGAAAAUCCUACUGGACGCCCAGCACGAGUCCAGCCCCAGCAGCUCGUCCUGCAACAGCCCACCACGACCACACAGUCCUGACCAGGAUGAGGGGCAGAUCACGUUUGAUGUGGAGAUGCCCAGCGAGAGAGACUGUCAGUCAGAAGAUGAUAGUCUGGAGAAGGACAAAGAAGAUGAUAUCCUCAUGAAUAAAGAGGAGAGUUGGGUGGCAGACUGGUCCAGUCGACCAGAGAACAUUCCCCCGAAGGAAUUCCACUUCCGCCACCCAAAACGUUCUGGAUCGGUGUCUCUGAGCAUGAGAAAGACAGGUGCUAUGAAGAAAGGUGGCGUGUUCUCCGCCGAGUUCCUCAAAGUGUUCAUGCCCUCGCUGCUGCUCACCCACAUCCUGGCUCUGGGACUGGGGGUCUACAUUGGGAAGAGAUUGACUACACCCUCCACCAGCUCAUUUUAAGCCUGAACAGACCCCAGUGCCUGGACGCUCCAUCAUGAGCAGCAGUGGCACAGCAGUGGCCAAUCGUGUGAUGAUUCCUCUUUCUCUCUUUCUCUCAUUCUCUCCCCCUCUCUGACUUUCUCUUUAUCAUUUCUUUAACCCACGGUCCUGGUUUCCCAUCACACCCUCUGCUGGGAGGCAUUCUGCUUGUUGACCUUUGGUUGUGUCGCAUUUUUUUGCUUUCUAACGCUGUGGCUUACUGACAUGUUUUAGAUGUUUUUAUUUGGACAUGUAUUGAAUUAUACGUUUAUUUUUCAUGACAUGCUACUAUACAAGUUAGAGCCCCACCACAACCAUGGCCAUAAUACGCUUUUAUUUCUGCAUGACGCACUUCAUAUGUAACUAAUAUAGAGUCUGGAUGUGGCCUGGGAUAUCUUGGGAGAAUAUCGACUCUUAAUAGGAAAUUUAGGAGGGUUGCUAUAGGAGAGUUGUGAUAUUUUAUUCUAGAGACAUGAUUUUGCUCAUUAUGUUGCACAAUUUAAUUUAUUCACUUCCCUUCAUGUGUGGCAGCAUCAAAAAUGCAUGUUAGUCAUUUACUUUCAUGGGAGAACGAUGACUGUUUAAAGACAGACCAAGUCAUUCUUUACGUAUGUCAGUGCACUUGCUGCAUUGCUUCGGACUGUUACGACAAUUAUUUAGAGAUUAUUUUGCAUAGAAUGUAAAUCUUAGAGGUCCCUCUCAGUUCUGUCUUAGGCCCUUUUCUGUUUGCUCUUCACUUCUGAUCCAAUAUGACGGACUAGAAUCGAAGCAUCACUUUAUAGCAGCUUUAUAGUAUAAAAAUAUAUAAAUAAAUCACAAAUUUACAUGAACAAUACAUGUUUUUCUAAUCGAAAAACCUUAAGCUAAAGAGAUCAGCAUGGACGUACAUCUGUUUAAGAGCCAAACUGGUCGGGUUAGUUGUUUUUUGAGUUACUAAGGAAGUUACACACACAAGCACACACACUCUGGUUUGCCUUGAUGCAUAUCCUGCUCGCAGCAGUUUCUGACUGUGUAUCUUAGUGCCAAAGGGUUUCCUCCGCCAACCCAACAUGAGUCGUUUGCACCUCUUGUAGACUCGGUCUGGUUUGAGUGGGUUAUUGAUCCUGUCAGUCGCUCCGUUUUGACAACACCUUACAAAGGCCUUUGGUUUUACUGUGAACACCCUGUGGAUAUUAGGCGUAGUGUUGCUAUAGUUGUGUAUCAUACGCUGUUGUACGUACUUAUGUCAAAGCAACAGAUCCACACUCCGUGUACAUAUUUAUAUGCAAUAUGGUGUAGUUUUACAGAUAAAACUACUCAUUUAGAAGACUUUAAUAGUUUUACACUCGCUGAUUUACAGAUGAAAUUUGUCACGAACAUGUCCGGGUCAUAUAUCAUCCCAUUUGAUUGGUUUUAUUUUCAUUUAUAAAGAAUUAAGCCAGGUUUUAAAAGCAUUAACACAUCUGAGGCACAAAUUUUCCCUGUUUUCUAAUUACUAUAAUUUUAAAAAUUAUUUACAUUUUAACAUAUUCACACAUCAUAGUUAUGUUUGUUGCACUGCCCUUCAAUUUAUAUGGCUUUUAAUAAAAUAAAAUAAAAAUGUUAAACGUAUGUCAAUAAGUAUUAAUAUAUAUAUUUCUUUUUUUUUUUUUUUUUUUUUUUACUUUCGAUUUAUGGGUAAAAGAUACCCAGGACAUUUUCUUGACAAGUUUUAUAAUUCACCCUCACAGUAUCAAGCAACGCUUUUACUAAGCAAAGUUUUUCAUACAAAAAACUAAGUUAAAUAGUCCAAGAGUUUUGCUACCCAAACCAGUUAACAGGUCACCCUUUGCAUUAAGGCCGUCUGUGUCAUUGUGCCACACAUUACUUCUUUACUCUUUUUUUCAUGCUUUUUUUCUUUCUCAGAGGGGGAGUGGAAAUACAAGAGGCCAAUUUAAAGUCACUUCAACCGUGCCUCAACUUUUGUUUGCACCUUUUCUGAGCCCCAUUGCAUGCGUGUGUUCAGAGAUUUCACAUCAGGACGUGACAGCGGUGAAGUUUUCCCCUGCGGGGGGCGGAAUGAGAACUGUGAAUGGAAUAGCUGUAGCUCAUGUCAGAUAUGAUAAACUAGACCUGCCCGGUCUGUUUCGGGUGGGAUCACCAUACCAGAUGUUUUACGCACAUUAUGAUGUUUUCUUUCUCUGUUAUAUCUCUCUUUUGUUGUUUUGAGCUUUUGCUUUAAUCAUCAGUGUGGAUACUGGAGGGCGGGGCCCUCGUGAUUGACAGCUCCACCAUGUGUUUCUUUUGAAUUCCCAUAGCGACUGGAGUGAUGAAGCAAUGAACAUGUCGUUUCUUGUAUUUCGCUGGUAUUGGAGGAAAAGUGAACUGAUAUUAAAAUAUAACCUGACAUUCA